GUGAUAUAUCCGAGGCUUAUUUCAUCACGUUGGAAAUAAUGAUUUUGAAAACACUUCUAACCGUCUUGGUUAUAUAUGGAGUUUCAGCAACACGAUGUCCAUAUCCAUCAAACGGUGCUUGCAAAACUGCUCAGCUCUUAACUGAUAUACAUCGCAGUACACAGUUUAUAGCUUCUAAUACUUCCACUUUACUCUGUGACACAUGGGUAGCAGAGGGGUGGUAUAGAUUUCAGCCUAAUGGAAAAGACGUAACCAUGCCAAUGUCUUGUGUUGAACCUAACCAUUGUGGUACGGUUACUCCGGUUUGGUUUCAAGGCGUUCUUCCAAACGUACAAGAUGGUGCAACUUUAGGGAAGGGAUGCCUGAAUCAUGGUAAAGGCGCUGUUUUACAAGUAAUAUAUGGAGGCACACAAUGCUGUCAUGAACCUAAAGAUAUUUGUAUCCAAAACUGUGGUGGAUAUUAUGUAUAUAGAUUAACAAGAGUAUCUGGCUGUGCAACGGCCUACUGUGCAGGAAAUCAACACGUAUGUCCCUAUGGUAAAUACGGAAAUGGAACACAAUGCUCAAAAGAUAUGUAUCCAAUAAUGACUAGUCAGCCUGUUUUGGAAAACCCAAAGUGUGAAAAUGGCGACCUCAAGUUUUCUUGUAAAAUACCUUACGAUCCUACUGAUCUCCAGGCUAAACUUCAAGUUGCAUGGUUAGUAGAUGGAAAACCUUUAUCGAAGUUUGGCAGUAGCCAGCCUUUUAUACAAACACUUUCAAACGGAGACAGAAUAACUAAAUUAGAUGGUUUGAAUUUGUAUGGAAACAUGGGGAAGAGACUUCAAUGCAGAGUCGUGUCCUUCUAUUCACAUGUUGGUAUUUUGAGUGGUGCAUUGACUAGCAACGGGAUAUUCUGUGGAAUAAGUGUCACGCCUUCUGAUAUAACCAUUCCUGAAAAUGGAGGACCUCAGACUAUUUCACUGACAACCUCUAUUCCACACUGCGGAGUUCUGGGAAAAACGUACAGUUGUGAGUUUGCUGUUGAACUGAAAGCAAAGGAUAACUUCCAAUAUGACCAAAGUACAAAUGGAUGUCGAUAUACUUUCAAAUACAACAAAGCAACAAAACUUUGUGAGGCAAAGAUCAAGGUUUUGGCUACAUGUGACUUUGUAAAGGAUGGCGACAAAACACACAUCUUAGAGUUUCGUCCCAUUGAAACUUCGUCCACUCAAAAUGCUAUUCUCCCAUGGGCAAAACAUCAACUGAGUCCUAUUCAAGUUCACACAAAAGACAAGAGGAAAGGAGUAUGUACGCCUGUCACAGAUCCACAUAUCAAAAGUAUUUCUGGGAGACGGGUUAACUCCUACGUCAUUGGUGAUAGUGUGCUGUAUCGAACAAAAACAUCUUGUACCAAAAUAAGACCAUUGGAGGUUCACAUUCAGGCUAACCAAGAUUGUUACCCUAGCCGGAAAAGGAUAAAUGCUUGUAUAUGCGGAAUAGUAGCAAAAGAGGGAAAUGAUAUUGUCGAAAUAAAUGGAUGUACUCACAGAAAGAAUGUAUUCUUUUUAUCCAAAUACAAACAAUUAAAUGAUGGUACGACAUUUCACACUGAUGUUGGCGGUCGAAAAUUUUAUAUAAACUUCCCCUCAGGAGCAAGAUUAACUGUAUCAAUAGAUGUCGUUAAUAAUUUACUGUCCCCAAUCAAUUUAGAAAUACCUUCUGACCACCAAGGUUGCGCAGAAGGACUCUGUGGAUCGUUCGAUGGAAAAUAUAUUGACCGAAAUGGCAAAGAUUGGGCAAAUGAUUCCAAAGCAGUUUCAUACGACCAAUUUCCGAAAUCAUGGUUCAUACCAAAACCGCAGUCUAUGUUUUACAAUAAGUCAACUGUAAUCGACCCACGGUACAGCAAAGGACAUGAGUAUUGUCAAUGUCUUCAAAACGUCACUUCCUGUUCAGGGUCAGCCAAAAAUCCACUUACAAAGGUUUUUAAUGGUAACAAAGGGUUACCACUUCUUCCACCAAAGAAACACACAAAUGGAAAGCGAAGUUUUAAGACCCAAACUCAACGAACAGCGGACCAAGAAGACAAUAUCCGCAAAAGAUCGAUUCUUACCUGGCCAACACAGUCUGGCAAAACACUGUCGUAUGCUAUAAAUGUAUGCACGAAAGCAUUCCAAACAGCAUCCUUAUAUCCCCAUUGCAGAGAACAUGUUGAUGACUACACGGUUUUGUUGGAUAGCUGUACAGAGGAUAUCAAGAUAACAGACAGUCUAAACUUUUUGGAUAACUUUGUACUUGUCUACAAUGAAGCUUGCCAGAUAACCAUUGCUGGGGAUAUAAAAUACUACGUCAAAGGAAAAAAUGGUCAAUUAGUACUUCCAGAUUACGUCACUACCGAUGUUUGUCCAAGUGAAUGUACUAUGAAAGGAAAAUGUCAUCAAGGUCAAUGUAUAUGCAACAGUGAAUAUCAUGGACCAGAUUGUUCAGUGAAAGUUGGAUCUGUUCCAUUUAUUCAUUUUAUUUAUGGAGAGGAUGACGUAAAUAGUUUAUGUAAUAUUCGUCAGGACGACUGUCAAACUGCACAUGUUAUAACAGACAAUUUGAUGUACAGUACUGACUUACAGUGUCGUAUUCAAUACUUAAAGAUGGAAAAUGGAAACCUUGUUGACGACAAAGGAAAAGGCGUCAUACUUGUAAAGGGAAUGUUCACAAGUUUCAAUGAAUUAGAGUGUCCUCUUCCACCGUCGGGUGUAUCAAACGGUGCAGUUGUUGGAGGAUUCAAAAUUAGUAUAACAACAGACGGACAACAUUACAGUAAUGCAGACACUUUAAUAAUAUUUGACUCAUUGUGUCAAGCAUGCAACGAAGAAGGCAAUUGUACUUUGAAGCCAAACACAUGUGAGAUAGACAACACAUGUAAAAGAAAAGGAGAGCAGAAUUAUAAACAGCAAAUUUGCAAUCCAUCUGUAUCCCAGAAUAACUGGACCACAGAUCAACUCGUACAAGAAAUAGAUCAUUUCACUGCAAGUUUAACCGGAUGUGAAUGUGUAGACGACCCGGGAGCGUUUACAUGUGCCUGUUGUCAGAAUGCUGGCUGUCCAUGCGCAUCCAAGUCGCCGCAUCAGUGUGUUGAUUGCACACAUACAGAUGAGUGUGGAAAAUACCCGGAUAUAUUUAAUAUUUAAAUAUGUAUGUACAGUA